AUAAAAGCGGCCAAGAAACGCUAUGGAUUCCCCUUCACUUUUCGUGUUUUCGAGUCCCUUAUUGCGCUAUUUGGCAUUCGAUUCGACGAGCUUCAUUUUUGCGAUGGAACCAGCAGGAAAAAGGAGAUUUUCCCCUGUUUGGGAGCACUUUGAGCUGAUCUCACCUCAGAAGGUAAUGCACUGCAAUUAAUUACUAUUUAACAGAUUCCAAUAAUGAAAGAAAGUGUGAGGACACAUAAAAUUCACAUUUUUCCUUUCCGAAUACUUCGGUGAAGUGUCUGGUGUGUUCCAAGGUGCUUAGUUAUAAUAAUAACACCUCAACAAUGCUAAGGCACUAUAGGGUCUUGCAUGGGAACGAGGAGACCAACCAGGUUGAACCCGGCUCAGGUGGGUCAUUUAUAUUCAUAGUCCCACACUACACUGUGUGCAUUUUUGUUUGUUUGUUUGUUUGUUUUAUAACUCUGACAUGUAAUUUAAUAUAGCUGAGAAGGUUGACUUGGCUGAGCUGUUGGUUGAUAUGGUAAUUGAGGAUUCUCAGCCGUUUUUGUUAUGACGGCAAGCCGUUAAUGUGGAUCCAAAAACACAGACCAGGAGAUCAAUAGAGCAAAUGUUUGUGUUUAAUUAGUAUAACAAAGGGCGCACGCUAGAAAACGCGGAUAUAACAAUUACAACUUAGGACACACGCUAGAAAACGCGGAUAUAACAAUUACAACUUAGGACACACGCUAGAAAACGCGGAUAUAACAAUUACAACUUAGGGCGCACGCUAGAAAACGCGGAUAUAACAAGUACAACUUAGGGCGCACGCUAGAAAACGCGGAUAUAACAAGUACAACUUAGGGAGCACGCUAGAAAACUGCGGAUAUAACAAGUACAACUUAGGGAGCACGCUAGAAAACGCGGAUAUAACAAGUACAACUUAGGGAGCACGCUAGAAAACGCAGAUAUAACAAGUAUAACUAAAAGAGCACCCAAGAUGGCGUGAAUAUAACAGAGUACAAAAUCCUAACUACAAAAUCCAGAAGAGCACAAAAGUAAAUAAGAUCAAACCAGAACACGACCGAAGAACGUCGGAAGGCACCGAGGAUGACGAUGAGCACACAGCGGUAAGCAAGGCAGGAACAAGCAUAUGCAAUAGUCCGACACUCGCAGACGGUGACAGGAGUCCUUAAAUAGUGAGCGCUCCUAAUGCGCCACAGGUGUGCGGCCACGGCCCCGCCCAUCCAGCUGAAUCAGAUGCUGGAAAGAAAAAACAACUGAGAAGGCAUACAGAUAUGACAGUUUUCCUUGGUGGACGGCAGUGGAUUCAAAAAGCUUAUGAAAGCUUUAGCUCCUUCCUACGUUCUACCUACACGGCAGACUUUGAAAGCCAUGGUGGAAAAAAGGUACAAGGAAACCAAAGAUAAAACAAAAGCCAUUGUGGCUAAAGCAUCUGCAUGUAGUUUGACAUCAGAUAUGUGGACGUCCAUCAAUACUGAUGCCUAUCUAGCUGUGACAUGUCAUUUCAUUGAUGAAACCACAUCCCUCCAAUCAGUUGUACUGGGGGUGCAACAUUUCCCUGAGGCACACACUGCAGCAAACAUGGCUUUUAUGAAAACCUUGCUAAUGUCAGAGUGGGGUAUCAGUGACAAAGUGACAUGUCUAGUGACUGAUGGAGCAGCAAAUAUGGGAGCUUGUGCCAGAGAGCUUCAUAUGCGUCACACUAUUUGUGUGGCACAUACGCUAAAUCUUUUGGUGGAAAAAAGCUCUUGACCAAUGUCCUGAAUUGUUCCACAUUCGGGCAAACUGUCGAAAGAUAGUUGGUUAUUUUAAGAGCAGCACUACAGCAAAGGAGAGACUAACUCAGAUGCAAGUUCAAAUGGGCCUUCCGGUGCUUAAACUUCUUCAGGAGGUUGAAACGAGGUGGAACAGCACUUAUCUCAUGCUUCAGCGUAUCUACACUUUGAGAGAGCCUGUCAGAGCAGCUUUGGCUGGUCUACGCACUGAUCUGACACCAUUGUCUGCUGAACAGUACAGAAUUAUUGCUGACUGUUUGAAAGUAUUGGAGCCAUUUAACUAUGCCACAAUUGAGCUGUCUGAGGAGAAGAAAGUUUCGGGGUCAAAGGUAAUUCCACUGUUGUCCAUGUUGUAUCACUCCCUGGAGGAAGAAGAGAUUCGACAGCUUCAAACUCCAGAGAGCACAUCCAUGGUUGAGUUUCUGCAAAGACAACUAAGAGAGAAGCUGAACCAACUCCAGUCUAUGAGCAUUAUGUUUCUGGCUACUCUGCUUGACCCAAGGUUUAAAAAAGUAGGCUUCUUCAGUCCCAGUAAAGCAGCAGAGGCAGAAAAAAGGCUCACGAUGGAAUGCGCAGCUAUCAUGAGCCGCACAGCCUCAUCUACUUCAUCAUCAUUAUCAUCACCGUCGUCGUCAUCAUCAGAACCUUCCCAGUCUGUUGGAGGAAGCAAACUGUGGCAUCAUUUUGAUGCCUCAGUCCAUCAAGCAAGAACCACAAAUGUCACGGCAAAUGCAACAGUUGAGGUGCAAAAGUAUCUGGGAGCACCAAACAUACCCCGAGUUGAAAGUCCCCUUCAGUACUGGGAAUCACAGAAAUAUACACUUCCAACUUUAUACAAACUUGCUGUAUCCUAUCUAUGCACCCCUGCUUCAUCAGUGCCAUGUGAAAGAGUUUUUUCAAAAGCAGGUGAAAUUCUCUGCAAAAAAACCCGCCUGAGUCCAAAAACUUUGGAAAAAAUAUUGUUUCUAAAUAAAAAUGAGUAAGCACAUUUUGCCUCAUUUCACAUUUUCACUUGUUUCAUAUGCACAUAGACAAAGUAACACACAAUAAUUCAUGUUAAACUUAAAAUAUGUAUUUUCUUUGUAAUCAGAGCAUGAUUCAUGCACCAAGCAUGUUAUACAUUUUUCUGUCCACAUGAUGGCGUAGUCGAGGUAAUCAAUCCUCUUGAAGCCCCUAGGUGUGUGUGACUCAUUUCCCUGCAGGGCUUCACUGCUUCAUGGGGCUUCAUUUUGCCAUCACUACUUGUAAGACAACAGAUUGGUACACAUGUGUCGUCCUGUUUUGUUGGAAAGAAAUCCAGCACGCACAGCAGCCCAAUGUGGUAUAGUUUGGGAACCCCUGUACUACAGUAUACAGUUUAUGUGUGGUCCGCUUUCCUUUGUUGCACUCAGACUUGUUUGAUGUCACGCCAGCGCUAUUUUCUGUUUCGAGCGUAGCUUUCAUGUUGGGAAGCGGGGGUGAACACCAGUUAACAUUUGAAGAUGUUGGGUUUCUGGGAGAACGGGGGACCCAAGCACAGAGAUAAGCAAAACUGGUAGUGACAACAAUUUAUUGACAGGUUUGGCAGAAGGUGUCGAA